CAAAUCCGUGAUCGCCAGAAUCUUUUUUCUAGCGUUUUCCGAUCACGUUCAUGAAGACAAGCAAGAUUUUAGCUUUGAUGGAAGAUCGACGAGGAUUAUUAUUUCUCUUGAGAGCUCGGACUGUUAAAUGCUUCAAAAUAUGAAAAUCAUUUCGCACAUUUCUGAUGCUUAUUUAUCAAGAAUUGCCAAGAAUCAAUUUUUUGCACAACGCACAUUCUCCAACAUCUAAUAAAAAUUCGUGAUUAGUUUUAGCGUUAUUCGACGGAUGCGACUGUCGUACGAAAAAAAGGAAAUCAAAGGGAAUACCGUGAACGAUAUCGCGAAGUGUCGCUCAUUCGCCUCUUCUUUCCUAACCUCAUAAUCAGUCCGAAAUUUAUAGCGCCCCCAAGUAAAACGACGUCGAAGUCGCGAGAAGGGUGCGAUACACGCGGCGCGUCGUGUGCUACACGACGAUCGACGUUUACGGUCACGUCGACGAGAAAAAAAAAGAAGUACAAGAAGGAAAAGAGGAAGAAGAGUCGCAGAUCUAACGAUUCUGACAUUGAGCUUCCAUCGUUUCGUUAUCGAAUCGCACGUGGCUCCAAGGACGGCAACUCCUCGCCGUCCGGAUUCGCUUUCUCCUCUUUACAGACUUUUUCAAAAUGGCAGCGGCUACGGACGAGCUGAUUUUACUCGAGCGAGUGUUCCUCCGUUUGGGUUCUGCUGAGACAGAUGAGCAGUUACAAGCGUCAGUUUGCAAAUUUUUACCUCCUGUGCUGCUCAAGUUGUCUAGUGGUCAGGAAGGCGUCAGGAAGAAAGUGAUGGAACUAUUGAUCCAUAUAAACAAAAGAAUAAAGAGCAGACCCCAAGUUCAAUUGCCUGUUGAAGCUUUACUCUUACAAUAUCAAGAUCCAUCAGCUAGUUCGUUUGUGAUUAACUUUACAAUAAUAUAUAUAAAGUUAGGAUAUCCUCGAAUGGAGUUGAACAAGCAAGCAGAAUUAGUUCCAAGUGUAUUAAAUGCUAUUGAGGGAAAACCAUUGUCUCAUCAAGACAGCUUAAUGUUGAUCAUAAUGCCAGCAUUAGGACAUAUCAACAUACCAGCAGAUCCUGAUAAACGGGCCUCUCUCUUAGGUUUGCAAGACAAACCUUACGUGGCGAAACAGCUCAUAAAUUUUAUGCUCGACAUAUUAUUAUUGCCAUAUGGAUCUGUGGGACAAACGGAAAAUCAACAGGGUUCAGGUCAGACUAUUGAUUGGUCUCAGUUCACUGUACCGCCGGGCUUAAGCGACUACGCGUUCAAAAGAGUAAUAGGCGAGAGUCCACCUACAGCCGAGCAACUCGAGCAAAUAAAGUUGGGCAUCGUUAAGUUCCUCGCUGGUGGAUUUUUCCCGGAUACAGAUAUUUUGAUACACUUAAUCGUAGCGGCUGCGGAUACCAGAUUCAGCAUCGCUAAUAUGGCGGAUUUAGAAUUGAAAAAAAUGAUUGGCACAUUGGAUUGGUCUUCGAUGCAAUUAGCAGCUCCGCUUUAUACAUUAUUCUUGGGUACCGAUGCAUUAGCCACGCAAAAAGAGGUAAAACCCGAAAUGAAACGGCUACCUGCAAGCACACGAAUUCGUCUCAAGCUUUUGCAAUAUCUUUGUCGAGUGACUAAAGCGGGAUUCAUUAUACCACCGUGUAUUCAGGUUAUUUUUGAUUCACUCUAUGGAAAAAAUACGAAUGCAAAGUUGAAAUCAUUGGCGCUGCAAUUUACAUCAAAUAUUGUCCAGCACUGCAGUCUGGUACCAUUAACUCGUGUCGCUGGAGUAAUCUUGAAUGGCAUGAUAAAAUUGAUCUCCGAAGGCGAUGACAUGCAUAAACCGAUGGCUUAUACAGUUAUUGGACAACUUGGUCAAAGAAUACCAUCUCUGAUAAAUAAAGAUUUAAGUUUGUUACACAACUUAUUUGACACGCUUGUUUCUGUAAGAGUUCUAGACGCAUUGAUUUGCGUAACAUCUGCGUUUGUGCUAAAUAAAGAGGAUGAGAGCAAUAUAGCUCUGAUGAAUGCUCUAUUGUCGGUACACAUUGAAUCACCAGAAUCGAGCGUAAGAUUUGUGGCAAUGCAUUAUGCCGCAACCGUGUUUCCACCCGAUGACGCUCCAUCUCGGUAUCUCUUGUUAUUAGCGUGUGGUGACAAUAAACAUGAGAUUAGUACAGAAGCCAUGAAAGCGCUUUAUGGCGUUGUGCAUAAAAACGAGGACGAUCAACAAAUUAGCAGUAAGAUAAUGUUACCUGAGUUUGUAAAACUAGUAAGUUAUAUUUAUUCGAAGAUGCAGUCGAGAAUGCCUGCCGCGAGUAGCGGCAGAAACACGGACAAGCAUGUACUCCCGUAUAGUAUCGUUACAUUUUCCGAAAUUAUUUCUUAUUUUCGCAUUUGCCUCGCUAGAAGUGCUAAUAUUCCCGCGCGAAAUGAACCAUUACAGCAUCCAUGCGAACAUACGCCUCUGAUUGGACGUUACUUGGAGAAAUUAUACAAAGAUCAACCAGAGAUAUUAAAUAAUUAUCUCGACAUGAUUUUACUUUUAAGUCAUUCUUCCGCAGAUCAAAUUUCCUUGAAUGCAUUAUUGGAAGUAUUUGGAUCCGUUCCACAUUAUAUAAUAAAAUCAUAUGAGAAGGAACUGCCGUGGCUGUGUUCUUUGCUCACGUCUGCUAAACACGACGUACGACAACUAGCUGCGAAGAUAUACGCCGUUAUUACUGGAUACUUACCGAGAAAUGAAUUUGAGAAAUAUGUUUCGAGUAUUAUGAACAUUAUGAAUAGAAAAAAUUUGGAAGCACAACAUGGUGCAUUAAUGGCAUUGACUUAUAUGAUGGAAAGAAAUUUAAUACAACAACGAAAUGGAAAUAAAGAGGAUUUGUGCAAUUGGACGACUUACAAUGAUAUUGUGAAAGCAAUAUGUACAUAUCUUCGUGAUAACGCGAUAUUAUUGAUGGAUGCAGCUAUUCAAGCAAUUGGUAUCUUAGGUAAAGCAUAUUCUCUACCUUUACCAGCAGAAGGUGAUAAUGAAUUGAAUAAGAAAGCGAUAGUAGAAACACUCUUUUCCGUAUUAUCUAAUGCUAAAUUGAAUACUAAGAUGAAAGAAAAAGCUGCGCUUUCAUUGGGAUAUCUGUGUGUUGGCGAAUGUUUUCCACAUACCGUGGAUAUCGCUAAUAAAAUCAUAGCGACUGUCAAAGAGGUGCAUAAAUAUAGUGAUGAAUUAUUAGUACAUGUGCUGAAUGAAUUAUUUAAUAUAUACAAAGUGCCUCAUCCAAACUCACGACAGGCAGUAUGUGUAUGGCUAUUCGCACUUCUAAAAUACAACGUUCAACGAGAAUGUAUUAAGGAAAGAUUGUCCACAAUUCAUCAUGCAUUUAUAGAUUUUCUUUCAGAUGACAGUGAUAUAGUGCAAGACAUUGCUUCGAAAGGUCUUAGUUUAGUACACAUUAACAGCAAACAAGAAGAACGCGAGGCUUUAGUGUCCAAUAUAUUAGAUCAGUUUACACAGGGUCGUAGAACAGUGCAACAAGUUACUGCCGAUACUAAGUUAUUUGAAGAAGGUCAACUAGGAAAGAGCCCAUCUGGUGGCAACUUGUCUACUUAUCGAGAAAUCUGUUCUCUCGCGACAGAAUUGCAGAAGCCUGAGCUUGUAUAUUAUUUCAUGCAUCUGGCAAAUCAUAAUGCGAUAUGGACAUCUAAAAAGGGAGCUGCUUUCGGUUUUGCAGCAAUUGCCAAUAUCGCGAGAGACGAACUGAAUAAAUAUUUACCCAAUAUUAUUCCGCGAUUAUAUAGGUAUCAGUUCGAUCCAACGCCAAAGAUCCAGCAGAGUAUGGUCAGCAUUUGGCGAGCUGUCGUUCCUUCUACCUCGAAAGCCAUCGAACAGUAUCAUAAAGAAAUAUUGACUGAUGUAACUAAUAAUUUAACGAAUAAUGAAUGGAGGGUACGUAUCAGUUGUUGUAAUGCUCUCGCAGAUCUUUUAAGGAGUAAUGUUCAAUUCGACUUUGCCGAAUGCGGCCCAGAACUCUGGAAGAAACUAUUUCGCGUAAUGGACGAUAUUCACGAAGGCACGCGAUUAGCCGCGACGAACGCCACUAAAAUACUUAGUAAGGUUUGCAUACGUCAUUGUGAUUCAUCGCAUGGUAACGCGGGAAAAGAAGUUAUUCAAGCAAUAUUGCCCGUGUUACUCGAUAUUGGUAUUGCUCAUGUCGUGGAUGCGGUAAGAUCUAUAUCAUUGCAAACGGUAUCUCAACUUGUAUCUACAGCCGGCAUUCUAUUAAAACCAUCACUCGUCAAUUUGAUACCGUCGUUAUUGGAAACGAUUGGUGAGUCGGAGAAUCCUAAGCUUUCAUAUUUGAGUAAUGUGUGCGGCGCAACGACGGAGACUCAGGAAGCGAUCGAUAAUCUUAGAGCGAAUGUUGCGAGAAGUCAUUAUGCGUCGGAUACGAUAACAAAGUGUAUCCAAUAUAUCGAUGUGGAUGUAUUAAAAGAAUUAAUGCCAAAAGUAAUAGAUUUAAUCAAGUUCAGCGUAGGAUUUGGAACAAAAAUUGCUUGUUCACAUUUCUUGAUUCUUCUUAGCACGCAUCUGAAAAUAGAGUUGCAGCCAUACAGUGCUAAGAUACUAUCCGCUUUGCUCAAUGGUUUGUUGGAUCGUAAUACUGCUGUGAGAAAAAAUAAUGCGAUUAGCAUUGGACACAUAGUAGGCUCCGCUAAAGAUUCUAGUCUGGAUAAAUUAUUUAAUACCUUGAAUACGUGGUAUUUGGAACGCGAAGAUGAUGCAAUAAGAUUAGCGAUUGGGCAAGCUUUGCAAUCUAUAAAUAAUUACAAUCAGGAGAAAUUAAAGAAUUAUCAAAAAAUAGUUAUUCCUCUUGCUUUCUUUGCUAUGCACGCAGAAAAGGUACCAGGAAACGAAAGCACCGUUGAAUUAUGGACUGAUUUUUGGAACGAAAUAACUCCCGGGACCGAGGCAGGAAUUAUGCAAAACCUGCCAGCAAUAACCAAUAUUUUACAUACAACUUUAAAAUCAGCAUCAUGGACUACGAAAGUGCAAGCGGCAAAUGCAGUUCAUACCAUUGCCUUAAAGUCAGGUCAUAAUAUUGAUACAGAUGACAGGAAUACCUUAUUAAAGAUAUUGAUCAAUGGUUUGCAUGGUAGAACGUGGAAUGGAAAAGAACGUCUAUUGAACGCUCUCGCUAUGUUAGCAUGCAAUAGCAAAGAAGCCUUAAACGCAGAUACUGCGUUAUUAGAUACAGUUGUAGUAACAUUACAUAGGGAAAGUAAGAAAGAGAAUGCUGAAUAUCGUCGACACGCGUUACAAGCGUUUGCUAUGGUUUUGCAUGAACUCGAUAUUGAUAGGUUUACGGAAACAUAUGAAAUUGUACAAGAAAUACUGAUUAAGGUAUCUGAUAAAAAUAAUGACGAGGAGGACACUGCGGAAGAAAAUAGGAAGAAAAAAGAAAAUAAUAUAAAGUUGCAAGAAACAAUUUACGAGGUACUUGGGAAAGCAUGGCCUUCCAUCAAAGAGACUCAAGAUAAAUAUUGCAUAGAAUUCGUGACUCACUGUCAGAAAGUACUGCCAAAUAGUACAAGGUCUGUUCAAGUUACUAUUUUGACAGCAUUAAAUCUCUUUGUGGAUAGACUUGUCUUAUUAAAAAUAAACAAAACGGAAAUGUCAUUAAAAGACAAAAAACUAUUAGAUCACAUAGGUGAUAGUCUCAAUAAAAUAUUAUCAUAUUGUAUAAAUAUUUCGAAAUUCACCAAAAUUAGAAAAGAAGCAUUAAAUAUAGUUCUUUCAUUAGCAAGAAAAAUGCGUGAGACACAUAAUGAUGAACAACUUGAUAAAAUGACACGGCUUUUGAAAGAACUCUUACCCGAUCUAACGAAGGAUAACCAACCAGAAAUACGAACCAGAGUAACUGAUAUUAAAGAAAUGCUUAAAAUUUAACUAGCACGUACAUAUAUUAAGUAUGUACAUGGUAUUCCAGCUCGAAUUUAUCCUUCGCACACGUUGAUGUAUAUUGCAUACUAUCGGCGAUCUCGAACUAUAACAAAAGAUUGAUAACUAUGGUUGCGUGUUUAUUUAAUAUGUUAAAUGUAGAUGUGCCUAAUUA